GACUGGUCCUUUGUUUUGAGGGAGGGUUAACCGCCGGGCGGGGGCUCGACCGCUGGAUCGGUAGCUCGUAGAGUAUUGGGUACCGGUACCCAGACACUAGACGAGGGGAUGGUAUCCGAACGGGUGUACAACCGUCCGUCCGAUGGUGAGAUCGGGGUUGUCGGAAGCUUCGAGGUCCUCAGAUUCCGAUUGCGCGAUGGAACAUGGCGUCAGGUCGGGGUGGCAUGGACGGGACAACUGAAGCGGAGAACGGAACAGGUCUCGUCGGAGGAGCGGAUUGGAAGGGGUGGAAGAGCGGAAGCUUGUGGUUGGGCUAGGUUCACGGGACCAGUGAAUUGGAGGUCGUCACGGGGGUAGCAGGUGUCGGUAAUGUGCUAAAAUGUGUAAUCCGAGGAGGAGGGAUAGAAGAAUCCAGCAGCGAUGGUGGCACAGGAAGUGAGAUUCUGUC